AUGACGUCGAGCUCUGCCUCAAUCGCCUGGCGAGCGAGCCUUCGGGCUCGCGCCGUCCCCGCAUCCCGUUGGACGCAGCGGCCGUCCGCCCUGCUGUCCAAGCGGGCCGAACGCCUGCCCAGCGCUGUGCGAUACGCUUCGGAAGCCUCGCCCGCUGCUGCCGCCGCUGAAAACGCGAAGGAGCUGCCCAAGGAGCUCCCGAAGAAGGCGGGCCGUGGGUCGAGAAAGGCUCUGUACGGCACGUCGUUGGCUGUCGUGCUGCUGGUGGGAUAUAUCUAUGGAACCGAUACCCGGGCCAGUUUCCACCGAUAUGGCGUCGUGCCUCUUAUCCGACUGCUGUACCCGGACGCUGAGGAUGCGCACCAUCUCGGUGUUGACCAAUUGAAGACGCUCUACCGGUUUGGCUUGCACCCUCGUGAACGGGGCGACCCAGACCGUGAUGGCGCCCUGGCUACAGAGGUCUUUGGCUACACCCUCUCUAACCCCAUUGGCAUUUCGGCCGGUCUCGACAAGCACGCCGACAUCCCCGAUGCCCUCCUCGACAUCGGCCCGGCGAUUGUCGAGGUUGGUGGUACCACUCCCCUUCCCCAGGAAGGUAACCCGAAGCCGCGAGUCUUCCGUCUGCCCUCGCAGCACGCCAUGAUCAACCGUUACGGCCUUAACUCUAAGGGCGCUGACCACAUGGCCGCCGUGCUGAAACAGCGUGUCCGCGACUUCGCCUACGCCGCAGGCUUUGGCGAGCAGGAUGCCGCUGAGCAGCGCGUGUUGGACGGUGAGGCCCACGUGCCCCCGGGCAGUCUGGUGCCCGGCAAAUUGCUGGCAGUGCAGGUGGCCAAGAACAAGGUCACACCAGACGGUGACAUCGACGCGAUCGCACGCGAUUACGUAUACUGCGUGGAUCGUGUGGCGCGGUACGCAGACAUCUUGGUAGUGAAUGUGUCGAGCCCGAACACUCCUGGUCUGCGUGAUCUGCAAGCUGCGGCACCGCUAACGGCCAUCCUGACCGCCGUCGUGGGCGCCGCCCGCGCCGUCGACCGCAAGACCACACCCGCCGUCAUGGUCAAGGUCAGCCCGGAUGAGGACUCGCCUGAGCAGCUGGCCGGCAUCUGCGAGGCUGUCUGGAACUCCGGUGUCGACGGCGUCAUUGUCGGCAACACGACCAACCGCCGGCCCGCCCCGCUGCCCGCCGGCUUCGUGCUUCCGCCUGCCGAGCAGCAGACACUCACCGAGACCGGCGGCUACUCCGGCCCGCAGUUGUUUGACCGCUCUGUUGCCUUGGUUGCCCGCUACCGCGCCAUGCUAGACCAGGGCCCCCCAUCGCAGACGGAGGCCCCGACCUCAACGGACGAGGCUGGUGCUGCGGCCGAGACGCCAGCGCACGCGCGCAAAGUCAUUUUCGCUUCGGGCGGUAUCACGACUGGCCAGCAGGCGCGCCAGGCGCUGGAAGCGGGUGCCUCCGUGGCGAUGAUGUAUACAGGCGUGGUGUAUGGCGGUAUCGGCACGGUGACACGGGUGAAGCAGGAGCUGCGCGAGGAGCUGCAAAAGAAAUGA